GCACUCGGGGCACGGGGUGACUGAAGCACGGAUCUGCUGCCUUUGGUCCUAUUCUGGCUUCCUGGGCGCGAUCUCUGUCGGAGGAUUUGAAUGUGAAUUGGAAGAAAAGGGAGGCCAGCCCAAGGACACCUGGAGAACAGCUGAAGCCAGCCGGGGGCUCUUCAGGCGGCUGCCGAGAGCCAGCACCAUGGGAAUCCUGUACUCCGAGCCCAUCUGCCAAGCAGCCUAUCAGAAUGACUUUGCUGAAGUCUGGAAGUGGGUGAAAGAAGAUAAUAGUUAUGUCAACAUUCAAGAUAGCUUCAACGGAGAUACCCCCCUAAUCUGUGCUUGCAGACGGGGACACCUGAAGAUAGCUGCAUUCCUUUUACGAAGAAAUGCCAAUGUGAAUGCCAAAAAUCAGAAAGAGAGAACCAGCCUACAUUAUGCGGUGAGGAAAAGGUUCACCUUCCUUGACUAUCUGCUCAUCAUUCUCUUGAUGCCCGUGCUUCUGAUUGGCUAUUUCCUGAUGGUAUCAAAGACAAAACAGAAUGAGGAUCUCGUCAGGAUGUUACUCCGUGCCGGCGCAGAUGUUAAUGCCACAGACUAUGCUGGCUGCACGGCUCUUCAUUAUGCGUGUGAAAUGAAAAACCAAAGCAUCGUCCCUUUACUUCUGGAUGCCCACGCAGACCCCACCAUAAAAAAUAGGCAUGGUGAGAGUGCUUUGGACAUUGUACAGAGAUUAAAAUUUCCUCAGAUUGAAGCCAUGUUACGGAAAGUAUCCUAA